AGAUUUUUCACCAACAACCUGCCCGAGACGAAUCGGGUCGUGUAUGUGGACAACCAGCUUCUGCCCGGAGAUGACGAAGUGGUUAUGCCCCUUUAUCCGAACAACAGGGUCGUCUCGUCCAAGUACACUCUGCUGACGUUUCUGCCCAAAAAUCUGUUCGAACAAUUUCGGAGGAUAGCAAACUUCUACUUUUUGUGUGUUGGAGUUAUUCAGUUCAUGAUCGACACGCCCGUCACUCCGUUGACCAGUGUGCUACCACUGGUCUUUGUCAUAUCUGUCACUGCCAUUAAACAGGGUUAUGAGGACUGGUUGCGACACGUUGCCGACAAUGAAGUCAACCUCAGACCAGCCACGGUCAUUAGAAAUGGGAAAGCUCAGACUGAUUGCCGGGCUAUGGACAUUAAGGUCGGGGAUAUCGUGAAGGUGUAUCAGAAUGAAGAGUUUCCCUGCGACUUGGUGCUUCUCUCCUCGGCCGACCCUCAAGGUUUGUGCUACGUGACCACGGCCAACCUGGAUGGGGAGACCAACCUCAAGACGCUGUUCUGCCUCAGUGACACGCGACGCUUCAGGUCUCCUGAAGAACUUGGAGAGCUGCGAGCUCGCAUCACAGGCAAACCGCCCUUGGCUGACCUGUACACAUUCGAGGGUGUCCUUGAAGCCAUCAGCACAGAGAACCAGGCCAAACCGUUGGGGCCUGAGAACUUGUUGCUGCGUGGUGCCCGCCUUAAGAACACUGAACAUAUCUUCGGGUGUGCAUUAUAUACAGGGAAAGAGACAAAGAUGGCCCUGAAUUCUAAAUUCAAGCAAACCAAAUUUUCCCAAGUUGAGAGGAAGAUGAAUACAUUCCUGAUUGUGUUCCUGGUGAUUCUGCUUGUUGAGAUAAUUGUUUCCACGGGACUCAAGUACUGGUACGAGGAUGUUCACGGGGACCUGGACUAUGUCCCGGAGGAGAGCAACAAGGGAAAGCCCACAAAAGUGUUGGAGAACGCCCUGGCUUUCAUGGUGCUGUACAAUUACAUAAUUCCCAUCUCACUGUAUGUCACUAUAGAGCUACAAAAGUUUUUAGGUUCCAUCUUCUUUGGUUUUGAUGUUAAGAUGUAUGAUGAGAGCAUCGACGAGCGAGCCCUUGCCAACACAUCAGACCUCAAUGAGGAACUGGGACAGGUGGAGUAUCUGUUCACGGACAAGACUGGGACUCUGACGGAGAACACGAUGGAGUUCCGCCAUUGUUGCAUCGGCAGCCGGCAAUUUCAGGACGUGGACGGUACCUUUUGUGAGCGAGUGCAUCCAGAGAUGGCCCCCAAGAAAGACAUCACGUUCACUGACGAGAUGAACCGGUUCAUCCGUGUGCUGGUCCUGUGUCACACGGUGCGGGUUGACCGCAAGCAGGAGGCUAAUAACGGUCAGAAUGGGGCGUCCAGCAUCUACAGCGCCACAGGCGAGGAGUAUGACUACCAGGCCAGCUCGCCUGAUGAGAAGGCUUUGGUGGAGGCUUGUUGCAGGUCAGUCAGUGCUCAGACAACUUAUAUGACCUUAUUGUGUUGCAAGUACUGUAAGACUUUUACUAAAACUAAAGAAACGUUUUCAAUCAUUUUAUUUGCCUAUCAGGACGAGAUGAACCGGUUCAUCCGUGUGCUGGUCCUAUGUCACACGGUGCGGGUUGACCGCAAGCAGGAGGCUAAUAACGGUCAGAAUGGGGCGUCCAGCAUCUACAGCGCCACAGGCGAGGAGUAUGACUACCAGGCCAGCUCGCCUGAUGAGAAGGCUUUGGUGGAGGCUUGUUGCAGGUAUGGCGUUAUCUACCAUGGGAAUAAUGACGAAAUGAUGGAAGUGACCUUCCACAAGGACAUGCAGCGAUUCAAGUUGCUGCACACUCUGCCCUUUGACCCCACCAGAAAAAGAAUGAGUGUCAUCAUACAAGAUGAGAAGGGAGAAAAAACGUUGUUAUGCAAAGGAGCUGAGGUGGCUAUACUGGACAGAGUGGCAGUAGGAGAUGUUGCCACAACUCAGCGCAUGAUUGAUGAAUAUGCCAGGCUGGGCCUGAGGACACUCACUAUAGCCCAAAGAACGUUUACAGAAGCAGAGUACGAGACCCUCAAUGAAUCCCUGGUCAAUGCUAAGAGGUCUUUAACCCGACGAGAGGAGCUGGUUAGUUUACUUUUUCGAAUCUUAUCUUUUUUUUUCUUGUCCUUUCUCCAGGUGUGGGUGUUGACAGGGGAUAAAGAAGAGACAGCUGUGAACAUCAGUCACUCUGCUGGUCACUUCAACUCGGAGAUGACGGAAAUGAGACUCACGCAGGUCAACUCGGAUGAGCAGUGUGUCGAACAGAUCAGGCAUUUGUUGCAUCUUACAAGUGAUGCACAUACUGAGGUGGAGAACCCAGCCCUUGUGAUAGACGGACAGAGCCUAAGGUUUGCCUUGCAGUACUCAGACCAGCUAUUCCAGCUUUGCUCACAGUGUAUGGCAGUGCUGUGUUGUCGCAUGUCGCCCAUACAGAAGGCAAAAGUGGUUGCUCUCAUCAAAAACUCACCGGACAAACCUGUGACGGCAGCGAUCGGGGACGGAGCCAAUGAUGUCAGUAUGAUACAGGAAGCUGAUGUUGGGCUUGCUAUCAUGGGCAAGGAAGGCAGGCAAGCUGUCCGUAACAGUGACUACGCCUUUGGCAAGUUCCGUUUUCUACACAGGGUUCUCUUGUUUCACGGGCACCUCUUCUACAACAGGAUAGCUGUUCUAGUGCAAUACUUUUUUUACAAGAAUGUAGCGUUUGUGACCUCCCAGCUUUUGUACGCCAUAUUCAGCUACUUUUCACAACAGUCGUUGUUCGAUCCAUUUUAUCUGCUGUUCUACAACCUGACCUUCACCUCUCUACCCAUCCUUAUCUAUGGCUUGUUUGAACAACACAAGCCGCAGGAGGAUCUACUGGGAAAGCCUCAUUUGUACAAAACUGUCACCAGAAAUGCCUUAUUGUCAUGGCCUGAGUUCCUCAAGUGGAAUGCUUUAGGUUUAUGGCAUUGCCUUGUAUUUUUCUUUGGCUACAUGUUUCUUAUAUGGGAUGAUGUGUCAAUCUUCAGUACAGGAAAGAUAAUUGGCAAUUUUGGCUUCGGUUCCCUCGUGUACUUUACCUGUGUGACCACAGUGAAUCUGAAGUUGAUGUUGGAGACGAACUUCUGGUGCCUACCCAUGGUGUUGUCUUACCUCUUCACUUUUGCUGGCAUCAUCGUCCUUACUUCCAUCUAUGUCAACUUCUGGUGGCCGUCGUGGGUGACGGAGACACACGACAUUUACAAGCUGUUAGACCAGCUGUACGACACACCCACCGCUUGGCUUGCGUUCCUUCUCUUUAUCGUACUUGCUCUCCUGCCCGACUUUGUCCUCAAGAUACUCCGGGACAUGAGAAGUGGAGCCAAUGAGAAGGAGGGAAGCAGCAGCAGUACUGGUGGUGGUGAUUCAAGCAGUAAAAGUGUGGAGUCUAGGGCACCCACCCCGGUCGUUUAUUCGCUAUCCCAGGAGACCGCUGGUCCUGGGGACGACCUCAAACGAAAGAUCAACGAAGAGCAGUUCGAGUUGCAUCAAUCUCGCCCUCAAGCCAUUCACAGACACGCCUACGAUAACCCGGUGGCAGUGGACAUCAUGCCACAGGAUGCGAACCCACUACCCAGCGUAGAGGUCAUGUCUGGUUCUCCUUCUCACAUGUUCACCACCACUGCAGAGAUAAACGGCAUCGCUGGUGCACGCAGAAGUCCAGAAGUUCCCGCAGUGGCGAUUAUGUCAGGAAACAACAAUGUCAACAACAAUAUUACGACUGUCUCCGAAGUCAAGCCUGUAAUUCUUGAAUCCUCUCACCUGUGAGUACGCUGCAAGGGAAGACGUGUCGGUGGUUUCCUGGGACAUGAGAUACAGGACACAUGUGAUCUCUAGGACUUGACUUGGGUACUGCAAGAACUGCGAACUUUCCUGGAUAAUUUCAGCAUUGCUAGAUGAAAGAAGGAUCCAAGUUUCUUGUUGGAAAGAUUUUUACUUUGGAUUGAAAGAAGAAUUCCACUUUUAUGAGGGGUUUUGGGUUUAUUUUUUUUUAGUCCCAUAAGUUUCCAGAAAUCCUGCCUCAUAUGUGUGGCUCUAGUUUAAAAUUGGAAGUGACCUUCUGUGAUUUCUUUUUGCAGGAUGAGAAAAUUUAAAAAACUGACCUGCCAUCACCACAAUCUUCAUCUUCUAGAACAAGGCUUGACUUUUGAAUUGCAGAUUCCAUUUUCUGUAGAAAAGCUCCCAGAGGUCUGGAUAUUUCAACCUUUUUUUUUGUUGUAGUGAAACAGACUGUGUUAUGCGUUAUGGACAUGAAGGCUGCAAUCUUUUUUUAGGUUUGAUUAGGAACGAACGAAUUUCAAAAUUCCUUCUAUGAUGUCUUAAGGUAUAAUAUUAACUAACAGUGCUUUCAAAACAGUACCUUUGUCCUGUUGAACAAAGCGCCUGUUUUCUUCAUUCUGUGGAUGAACUAUUCAACUUAUCAUAAUACAGUCCAGUCCCCUUAGAUCGAAUAAUGCGGGCCUGCUGGAUAGUCUUCAGUUUGGUCAGGUUUUCUGUUUUGAGAUUUGUGCAAAUAGCAAAGGAAAAAAAAUGGGAACAAAUAGCAAAGAAAAAAAAUGGGAACAAAUAGCAAAA